GCAAACCAGCAAGUUCGACGGUUCCCGCCUCCACCUCCGGGUACUCCAUCAACAUUCCUCGAAAAUGAGGACAACGCGCCUCCGGCAUAUGGCAAUGGCAUGCUCGACUCGGUCUACGAAGGUAGUGAAGAUAUACUGGAAGAGAGUGAGGAGGAGGUACGAGCUGGCGUCUCUAUCCACAUGGGCAGCAGCAUGGACGACGAAGACUGGACCAAUGGGGACGACGGACAGCUCGGACAGGACAUGUACAGAUUUGUACAGCCAAGAAGGCUCUCCUCAUGGGUACAGGACGACGCGGUCUUUGCCUGUUUCAAGUGCCACACGGUCUUCUCGCUGCUGAUCCGCAAACAUCAUUGUCGUGCAUGCGGACGCAUCUUCUGCUCGGCGUGUUCGAGCCAACGUGUGGUGAUUCCAGGAGACUACGAGGCGACACCUGUGGCUCCAGCAUACAACUCAUUGACAACGAAUGCUAGUGAUCUGAUUGGCAACAUUAGCUGGUACUUGACGUCCUACUCGAGUCCCAACGCGGCUUCAGGAGUGGAUAUGAAUGGCAGCAUGUCGAUUCGACACUCGCAGUCGUUUGUGGACUCUGGAACGUUGACACCAGAGGAACAACAGGAAAAGUUCCUGAAGGACGUACAGAGGCUGCAGGAAAACAGCGUGAUCAGCAAGUUUACGCCCAAUAGAUCGAGAUCGGGAAGCGCUUCAAGUACUGGAACUACAGCUUCAAGCUCACACAGAUCUAUGCAUGUCCCCGAUGGCAGCGUCAUGCAGCGUGUUUGUGACGACUGUGCGUGUGCACUACAACAGCGAAGACACCACUACAACACAGUCAAGGUGUUUGAGCUGUGCGAGUUUAACCUUCAAGAGCUGCGAACGCUGGGGCAAGUGUGUCGAAAGUGGCAUCGCGCGACGAUCAUGUGUCUUUCCAUGUUCCGCCAGAUCCAGUAUUAUCUGCCCACACAUCGCUUGUCGGAGAGAGAGAAGAAGAUGCUGAUUAUCAAUCGGAAGUUCCUUGGUGGACAUACCAAGUGGCUCUUGCAGCUUGUUAAAGCAGUAGAUUUCUCGGAGGAGAAUGAACUGGAGCAUCUCGUCACUAAUAUGACAGAGAGUGAAGUUGAAGGUCCUGCAUCGGCUCGAAGAAGACAUGAACGGAACUCGAAGCUGAUAGAUGAAGUGCUGGAGUUACUGCAGCAGGAACGCAAGCAUAAAUGCAUGCUGACGAUGUGCUCGCGUCUCUGUAAGCCUCAAAUUGGCAGUGUCGACGCUCUGGAGAUCUUAGCGGACGAAACUAUUCACAACCAUCGACUGCGUGCGAUGGCGGUGGAUGCUCUGCUCAAGACUGCGACAGAGAACGAGUGGUGGAGCUAUCUACAGGUGCUGCUACACAGUCUCAGCGUUGAAACAAACGCCGCGGGAAGCAAACUAGGCCAAUCACUGCUUCGUCAAGCUCAGUGUGACAUUCGCUUCUGCUACGAUUUGUAUUGGGGACUUACAGUCAUGGCGGAGGACCCGAGUUGUCGACGUAAGUUCGACGGCAUGAAGCAGCGGCUACUGCUGACUCUGGCGCAGUUCAAGGACAAGUCGUCGAAUGGGAGUCUAGUGGAGUCCCGAAAGUUUGCCAGUGAUGACAUUGCAGAACAACUGCUACGAGGGCAGGAGCUAGUGGACUUAAUGUGGAAGAUCCCGCCGCGUAUUCCUGUCGAUGAUGUCCGUCGAAUUCUGGAAGCGUCGAUCAAGAAGUCGUCGCUUGGUUCAUCAACUGAUGAAAGGAAAGCAGGAGACCAGACACCGGCUAACGAUGAACAGGAAUGGCGGCUUCUGCGACUUCCCGUGGACCCGCAGGUCAAGGUCAGUGGGAUUAAUUACCAGAAGAUUGAAGUGAAGCGAAGCGCGGAGGCACCCAUGAUCAUCACGUGCACGGGCGUCGAUCGCGACGAAGAAGCUGAAGACACUGCAGAUGCCAGUACAGAGUCACAACGAAACACGUGGAGUCGUCGCACUCAAAAGCUGCCGCACUAUCGACUCAUGUACAAGCGAGACGAUCUGCGGAAGGACUCGAUCGUGCAGAACAUCAUCAACGUCAUGUAUCUGAUACUGAAGCAAGAGACCCGACUAGAUAUCCCGUUGGUGACGUACCGUGUGCUCCCGACGAGCAGCUUUGACGGGCUUAUCGAGAUCGUGGAGAACGCACACACAUUGUAUUCCAUCAUUCGUGACCACAGCACGAUCAUGAACUUCUUGCAUCACUACAAUGGCCAUCGUACGCUAAGCGACAUCUCUUCGUCAUUUCGUGAGAGUCUGGCGGCGUAUACUGUGAUUACCUUCCUAUUGGGCGUAGGAGAUCGACACGCAGACAAUGUGAUGCUGACGAAGGAUGGCAUUCUGUUCCAUAUCGACUACGGCUUUAUUUUGGGCAAAGAUCCCAAGCCUUUGCAGCCUCCGAUGCGUCUGGAUCAUUACAUGAUUGAAGCUCUUGGAGGCACACAGACGCCACAAUUUGAGCAGUUUAAACAGCUCUGCGUCAUCGCGUUUAACUGUUUGAGACGACAUGUGAGUCUGUUCAUGAUUAUGUUGACGCUGGUGGUCAAGGCCUUGCCGGAGAUCACGGAUUUCGGCGUGAAUUACACUCAGAGCGACCUCGAAGCGUUUGUUAUCGAACGUUUCCUGCCUGGUCAGUCAGAUGACGAGGCUGCUACAGCGUUGAUGCUGCGGAUGGAAGGCAAACUGAAUGAACGGAUUGGUAUGAAGCUCAGCGAUUUCGUCCACGCACAUUCGAACGAGAAGACGGUGUCGAAAGGCAUGACGUCGGUGGGGUCAUCCGUCAAGAUUGGCGUGGAGGCUGUCGAAGCUACUGUUUCUACCGUAGCGAGCUCACUGACCAGCGGAGCCUCGUCCAUCUACAAGUACAUGUGGGGUGGCCCGGAGAGGUAAGACGCCAGCUUGUAUAUUCAGGCGUACAGAGGAGUGUGGAGGCGGAGGCUGUGUGCGGAGGAAAAGUGUACGCAUUUUGCUUUGGAUGUGAGUGGUGUGAACAGCUAAUACAUAUAUUUUAUAAGGUUUUGACUGGGGUUUUCGUACAAUGAUGGUUCGUGUACACUAGAGACAAAGUAAAGCGCUCAUCAUAGAAAAAAAAUAACUAGAA